AUGGAGGAAAUGUACGGAGUACCUACAACGGUGGAGUACGGUGACAAAACACUGAUGACACCGGAGAAUCUGAUUUUCCCGACGGACUACAACACCUUCCUCAUGUCCACUUCAUCUACCGGCCGAAUUCCAAUGUUCGGAUCCGAUGAUAUCUUCACGGCGGAACCUUCUUCCGCCGGAAUUCAAGAUGACGUGGCAUCUAGUGUUAUGAAAGCCAAAAUCGCUUCUCAUCCUUAUUAUCCUCGCCUCCUUCAAGCUUACAUCGAUUGUCAGAAGGUUGGUGCUCCACCUGAAAUAGCGCGUUUGUUGGAGGAAAUUCGUAGAGAGAAUGAUCAGUGUAAAAGAGACGUUGUUGUUUCCACGUGUUUUGGAGCCGAUCCCGAGCUUGACGAAUUUAUGGAAACUUACUGUGAUAUGCUUGUGAGGUAUAAAUCAGACCUUACUCGUCCUUUUGAUGAAGCUAAGACGUUUCUCAACAAGAUCGAAACGCAACUCAGUCAUCUCUGCACUGGUGGUGGUGCUUCAGUUCCAACUCCUUCUGAUGAUGCUGGUGCAUCUUCGGAAGAAGAAGAUCUUAGUACUGGAGAUGAUGUUCAAGAUGGACAAUCAAAGAGUGAGGAUCGCGAGCUCAAAGACAGACUUUUACGCAAGUUUGGAAGUCAUAUUGGUACAUUAAAAUUGGAGUUUUCCAAGAAGAAAAAGAAGGGCAAGCUUCCAAAGGAAGCAAGACAAACACUACUUCAAUGGUGGAAUGUUCAUUACAAAUGGCCAUACCCAACGGAAGCUGAUAAGAUUGAUCUGGCCAAGACAACAGGGCUGGACCAAAAGCAAAUUAACAAUUGGUUUAUAAAUCAAAGAAAACGUCAUUGGAAACCAUCUGAGAAUAUGCAGUUUUCUAUGAUGGAAAAUUUUACAGGACGGUUCCUUACUGAAGAAUGA